AACACACUGUAACAAGCUCACUUUUGCAAAAGCCUCAAGCUCUCAGCUGAAAAAGUUCUCGCGCAUAUAAUUUCUCUCUAUUUGUGGUUAGUUCUUGCUGAAAAGUUAGGGUUUCCAUUCGCGAUUGUUAGAUCGGUAUGGCCGAGCACACAGAAAACUCGGAUUCGAAAGGCGAGUCGUUGAUGGAGAAGAUAACCGAGAAGCUUCACGGCGACUCGUCGUCUUCUUCUUCUGACUCCGACACCGAGAAGAAGCCUAGUUCGCCGAAGAAGCCUAGUUCGCCGCCGAAGUCGGUGAAGGAAAAGUUUUUCGGGUUGUUCGGGGGAAAGAAACCGGUUCACCAGAUUUUCGGCGGAGGGAAACCUGCUGAUGUAUUCUUGUGGAGGAACAAGAAGAUAUCCGCUGGUGUGCUUGGUGUAGCCACUGCAAUCUGGGUUCUUUUCGAACUGAUUGAAUACCACUUGCUCACCCUAGUCUGCCACAUUUCAAUAUUCUCUCUUGCAGCUUUGUUCUUGUACUCCAAUGCUAUAGCGUUCAUAAACAAGUCUCCUCCACGUAUCCCUGAAGUUCAUCUUCCAGAGGAUCCAUUUCUUCAAGUUGCAUCUGCCUUGAGGAUUGAAAUUAACCGAGCGCUUGCUCUAUUGCGAGAUAUUGCAUGUGGAAGAGAAUUGAAGAAGUUUCUCGCUGUUGUUACUGGUCUUUGGGUUCUCUCAAUUGUGGGAAGUUGGUGCAAUUUCAUUACAUUGUUCUAUAUAUGUUUCGUAUUGCUGCAUACACUUCCCGUUAUCUAUGAGAAGUAUGACCACAAGAUUGAUCCCUUUGUUGAGAAGGUAACCAUUGAGAUUAAGAAGCAGUAUGCAGUCUUCGAUGCCAAGGUUCUGAGUAAGAUUCCAAGAGGGCCACUGAGGGACAAAAAGAAGGCUUAGAUUAGGUGAGAUGUUUCAUCUCUCCUAGACAACAACUUUGUGGCCAUGAGUUCUUCAGGAAGUGAUCAUGCUUGGUAUCUGCAUUCAGUAGAGCCAUUGCUUUCAUUUUGUUUCUUUUGCUUGUAAUGUUCUGUUUUCUCCAACUCGGAAGAUUUCUAAGGCUAGUAGGUUUGUGUUAUGUAUAUUAUUACAUAUAUAUGUUCUCAACACACUAGUGUUAGCAGUCUUUGCCUUUAUCUAGUUAUAUAAUUACUUGCAACAUAUAGCAAAAAAAGGACAGUCGAAUGUUCAAUUGCGUGGCUCUUGGUAGAGUCUAUAAGCUACUAUUGGUUACCCUUGCAGGUUCUUGUUUUCGUUUUUAUUUUGCUUCUGUUUAAUGAUGGUGGCUGAUUUUUUGCAA